AUGAUGGCACUCAGACUCACCCUGAGAACAACAGCCAAGGAAACAGACUCAAGGCUCGCUGCCUGUCCUGCACAGCGGUGGUUCUGAAGGCCGUCUGGGGACUCUUGAUCAUCUUGUCAGUGUCAUCCUCUUGGGUUGGAACCACACAGAUUGUAAAAAUCACUUACAAGAACUUCUACUGUCCAUUUUUCAUGACAUGGUUUUCAACAAACUGGAACAUUAUGUUUUUCCCAGUCUAUUAUUCUGGGCAUCUGGCCACUGCUCAAGAAAAGCAAUCUCCAAUGAAAAAAUUCAGGGAAUGCAGUCGGAUCUUUGGUGAAGAUGGUCUGACACUGAAGCUCUUUCUUAAAAGAACUGCUCCCUUUUCUAUCCUAUGGACUUUGACAAAUUACCUGUAUUUACUGGCUUUAAAGAAGCUGACGGCCACGGAUGUCUCUGCUCUGUUCUGUUGUAACAAAGCCUUUGUCUUCUUGCUGUCGUGGAUUGUGCUGAAAGACAGGUUCAUGGGAGUGAGGAUAGUCGCGGCAAUAAUGGCAAUUACUGGCAUUGUCAUGAUGGCCUAUGCAGAUAACUUCCACGCGGACUCCAUCAUAGGUGUGGCCUUUGCAGUGGGCUCGGCCUCUACGUCCGCAUUAUACAAGGUUCUGUUUAAGAUGUUUCUCGGAAGUGCCAACUUUGGUGAAGCCGCACACUUUGUCUCCACUUUGGGUUUCUUCAAUUUGAUCUUCAUCUCCUUCACCCCGGUCAUCCUGUAUUUCACCAAGGUGGAGCACUGGUCCUCUUUUGCUGCUCUGCCAUGGGGCUGUCUCUGUGGGAUGGCAGGAUUGUGGCUGGCCUUCAACAUCCUGGUCAAUGUUGGUGUGGUGCUGACCUACCCAAUUCUGAUCUCCAUUGGGACAGUGCUUAGUGUCCCUGGAAAUGCAGCUGUGGAUCUCCUGAAGCAGGAGGUGAUAUUCAAUGUCGUCCGCCUGGCCGCCACGAUCAUCAUCUGCAUCGGGUUCCUGCUGAUGCUGCUGCCUGAGGAGUGGGAUGAAAUCACUCUGAGAUUCAUCAACAGCCUGAAGGAGAAGAAGAGUGAGGAGCAUGUGGAGGACAUGACCGAUCCCAGCAUGCACCUGCGGGGCAGAAGCAGGGCCAACGGGACCGUGUCUAUCCCACUGGCUUAAAGAGGGACACAAUCUAAAUGCACGUGUAUGUAUAUUCUGUGAAUAUAAAAUUUUCUCACUACCUGUACACUUAAAUGACAAUAUUCACUCAUAAUUUGGAUAAACCAUAUGUGAAAUAAUGCCAACAAUAAAAGUUUACAUUUAUAUGCUUACUGAGGAGCUGGUGUAAAUAAUCAUAAUAAAUUUUUUUAAUUAAAACAUAUUUGUCCUU